AUGAUAGACUCAUUCAUCUUGGACCGUCCGGCAGUAUUAUUUGCGGGCCUGGUCUUUGUUGGUAUUAUCUUUCUUCGGAUCUUUUUCUCUAGUUCAGUGCCAAACCUCCCUAUUGCUGGCGCGAAGACUGGCGAGUGGUUCCCCUUGCUCAGAGCGAGAUGGAGGAAUGCAGUCGACCCCAAAGCGGCCUCUGAGAUUGCCUACAAUCGCUAUCGUGAUUCCGCCUGCAUCUUCCCAAUGGCAGGUGCACAGAACUUUGUGCAGCUUCCGCUCAAAGAAGCCCAAUGGCUGAUUGAGCGGCCGGAUAAAGAUGUUUGUGUACGGACGGGGAUCAUCAAUUCUCUGCAAUUUGAACACACCCUGAUGGAUCCAAACUUGGCUCAUUUUCCUUCUCACAUGAGUGUCAUAUCCGGCCCCUUGACACGGGAAGUGGCCAACCUGAUCCCCGAUCUCCUGGAUGAGAUUCAGUAUGGCGUGGACCAUCUCUGGGGCAUGGAGACGGGGAAUUACAAGAGCAUCUGCGUGUACGACUUGAUGAGCCGUCUUGUAGGCCAAGCGACCAACAAAGUCUUCGUUGGCCUUCCCCUGUGUCGGGACCCUAAGCUACUCGAUACGGCCAUGGCAUUCUCGCUUGAUAUCCCCAUUGGCGCAACAUUGCUUCAUUUCACCUGGAAGCCUCUCCGACCCGUGCUAGCGCCAUUCAUCACUCUGCCGAAUCGCAUUCACACCAACCGGGCCUACAAAAUCCUUCGCCCCGAGAUUCGUCGACGACUGGGGGAAUCGACCGACAAGGACUCCUUCAAACGCCCGAAUGAUUUCCUACAGUGGUCGAUCGAGCAGGCCAAGACGCUCGGCGACCCGUACUACGGAAAGGUCGACACAUUGGCCGGUCGAGUGUUACUGAACAACUUCACCUCCAUCCACACGUCGUCCUUUGCAAUCACCCACGCGAUCCUCGAUCUGGUCUCAACCAAGCAGGAAAUCAUCGACGAGUUACGCAGCGAAAUCUCCUCCGUCCUCGCGGCACACGGCGGAGAGUGGAGCAAGCGGUCGCUUUCCGCAAUGCCCAAACUGGACAGCGUGAUGCGCGAGUCCCAGCGACUGAACUCCUUCGUCGUGACCGCCACGAAUCGCAUGGUCGUAAAUCCCAACGGGGUCACGACGCCCUCGGGGAUUCAUAUCCCGAAGGGCACCAUGGUCUGCGCGCCGUCGUAUCCCGUCAUGCACGAUCCGGACAUCUAUCCGGACCCGGAGAGCUUCAAGCCGUUUCGGUUUGCGGACAAGCGCACUGCGUUGGGAGAGGAAGGACAGUCGUAUGUCCAGCGUGCGCGGCAGGCGUGGACGACUACCAGCCCAGAGUAUCCGGCAUUUGGCCAUGGGCGUCACGCGUGUCUAGGCCGUUUCUUUGCUUCAACUCUUCUGAAGCUGAUGUUGGCGUAUAUCCUGAUGAAUUACGACUUUCAGUUCCUGGAGAGACGGCCAGAGAACAUGUGGAUCGGUUCGAAUAGGACGCCUCCAAUGAAAGCUACCAUCAUGAUAAAGAGGAGGGUUGAGUCUGAGAAGUAA